GUGACCGUUCCCGCGGCCAUCGAGGUCGACAAGGCUGGACCAAUCAAUCCCCGAUCGCAUCUGCAGUUGUAUGCAAGAUGGUAGUAAGUUAAACCUUGGCAGCAAUUGAACGCAUCAUCACCAAUAGUGCCAUUUCCCUUUCCCGAGGUCGCAGUACAACACAAACGCGUUAUCUCUACACUUACAGCCACUCAUUCUGUCCUGUCCUGCCUCUCUUUCGGUCGCUCGCUUUAUGACCUUCGAAAUGUUCUUACAAUGGCCACCAAUUCAACCUCUCUGCGCUACAAAUCCUUCUGUCAUACAAAUAAUGACCUCCCCACCCCACCGAGCAGUGACACGCGCUCUGACCACAUUCCGGACGACGUCAACACCAUCAUGAGUCGGACCAAUGACGAUCGGGCUUCGAUCGGCGACAUGAAAUUGCGAUGUUGUUGCGGUCGGCCAGAAUGUGCUUAUCUGGAGAACAACAACACCCUUCUCGGCGGAAUUGAGAGAGACCUUGAGACUGCCGCACUACUCGGCCAGGCUCUGCUGAACCGGCAUGAAUCUUACGUUUCCGAAUCCCAACUCGAACAUGACAGACUCACCACCUAUAUCAAUAAUCUGGAGAAGGAACGGGAUAAUCUGCAAGCUGCGAACGCAAAGAUCGUCGAAGAGAACCGUGGUCUUCUUGACCAGCUCGAAUAUGCCAACACGUCGAUAAGGGACAGUGAUCAUCAUGUGAAGAGACUUGAGGCCUUGCUUCGAGACUGCGAAGCGGAGGUCCAAAAGCUGAAUGGCGCCACUCGGCGAGCUGAAGAGUUAGAACUGAGAAUCUUGGAUCUGGAGAAAGAGCGGGUGAUACUGUCGUCCAAAGUCGAGGACUCUCAAGAAGAAACGAGAGGCACCAUUCAGCGAUGGAAGGAGAGUGUGCUUAAGGUCAGACAACUCGAAUACGAAAUCCAGAAGAUCGAGUGGGAAGCGAAGCAAGACAGACAACGUCAUGAGGAAAUCAUCGCGAGGCUAGAACGAGAAAGGUCUUUGGAGAGAGAGCUUGGUGGUGCAGAAGGCAGACUCAAAGGCGCCGCUGCUUUCCAGAAUCUGAACGGGAAAGCUUUGGGAAACAACAACGUCGUCAGCCACUUUGUACGAGACAUUCUUCAAGACAACGCGAACCUCCAAGCCGGUAUUGCCGAGUUGCGCCAAUUGUUGCACAGCUCGAAUGAGGAAGUGCAGAAUCUAAGGGAACAAAUCCUGCAACACCAGCCUGUCGAGUAUGAUACCGCCACUCUCGAAGAAAUUCCCAGGCCUGCUCCGUUGAGCGAACAACUUGACUGGCCUGAUGCUGCUCCGAAACCACUGCAACAAGAAGUCCACGUACACCAUCAUUACCAUGCCAAGAUUGCUGGCAAGCAACAACGGACGCCUACCAUACGAAGGUCUUCUCGCAAAAGGCCUGUCUUCGGAUUGGGCGUGCUCCCCUCGACUCCUGAACCCUCAACCCCUUCAACACCACUUUCUAUGUCUCAUCGUCUGACAUCAAGUCCCGGUCUUCCUCUUACCCUCCACCAGCCGCAACCCAGGUUCAAUCGGUGGUCUAUGCAGUCCGGUGGAACAGCCUCCACAGUAGUAUCCAGUUUUCCCAGCUCUCCACGGUCCUACUUCGACCACAGUAGCUCCAUAUUCGAUCGUUUGGAAGCAGGUGAAGACUCAUCCCGGCCAACAAGCCCAGAAUCAGCCGCAGGAUUCAAUGAGCCUAUGUAUCGAGCAAGAAAUUACAAGGGUAGGAUUGAGGAGGAAUUUAUCAAUCCUCUGGACGAGGAAGAGGAGGCUUUUGUUGACGAGCCGGAGCAAAUCCAACCAACCCAGAUGUCUGCAUCAAAGAAACAAACAGAGUCACAAGUGGAAGAUUCAGGAGUCCAAGAUUCACCAUCGCGUGAUUUGACGCCCAAACCGUCACAGUUACUGGUUAGUGAAGGUCAGGAUCAGUUGACGGGUGAUCCACAAAUGCCUGGGCCUCAAGAGCCAGAGGAUGAACGGCACGUCUCCGUAUCAGAAACAACGACCACGAUCACGGAACCUACAGAAGAGCCGUCAGAAAAAGCCGAAUCAUCAUAUCUUCAGCAGCAGAGAGAUCCUGGGAUUGGUUCGUCAAGUUUGAAAACUCCUGACUUUACCAACAUACCAGAAAUUCACAUCCGACCAAGCCAUCAUCGCAGCUCAUCUCACGAUUCUCUGGUCUCUAUCUCUGGAAUGGAUAUCCACCUUGCAAAAAGACCAGCCACAUCAACCUCACAAUCAUCAAGCUUUUUGAAGGGCAAUAAGGCAUACUUUGCGUUGUCUCCUUCUGCGGCCCGGAGAUUGCCGUCCGCACAGGCACUGACGACAGUAACGGAGUUUACAGCCUUGAGCACUGCCAGGUCUAUCAGCGCAGAUAGCAUUGCUCUUGCAAGCCAUGCAUCACCCAAACCACAAACACCGGAGAGAAGUGUCAGUCUGAGCGUGGAAGCACUCAGCGGCAUUGCCGGACUAUCGAGGCCAACACCACAGGACCAACCGUCACCUCCUCCUAGCGGCUUCAGCAGUCUACUGGGAGGCUGGGUCAGGGGCAAAUGGGGCAUGGCGCCAACAAGAUCGAAUACGGAUCUGAAGUCAUCGACCCCGCCGCCCGGACCUGUACAAUCUCAGUCGCCAACGCCAUCCCUGUUCCCCGGUGGUAGAGCUCCUGGCAUCAACCAGAGGGGAGCAAUUUCAGGACUCAGGCCGCCUCGACGACUACCAAGUACUGGGAUUGAAGUCAAGCUAGUGGACCACGACAGCCUGAUGGAAAGUCUGGCUGAAUAAGAAUCUCGUUGUGUAUGACUCUCUCAGCUAUAUACCCAGGCGGCACCUCUCCUCGUGACUGCGUCAUGAAACCACUAUUAUCAUUGUCCAUACAGGUUUGGCGGCUUUUUUCUCCAUUCAGCGAAGCGCAUUUGAUACCCAAAGGAGUACUACUGUGCAAUUUUAUGCAUAUAUCUUAUUUUACACCGGAGU